UUUUAACAAACAACAAAUGCGAUCAAAAAGUUCGGAAGGUGAUUUACAACCAGAGGACACCCAAUCCAGAGAAGAUAAAGAGACGACUGCUACGUAUAGUGAGGAUACAAAGCCAGAAACCCAAAAGGAGAGAAACGCGGCACUGGACAAUCUUGCCAAGACCCCAAUCCAGUUAGUCGUCCAACCAACUCCUCUCACACCAGCCAUCACGCCAUGCGAAGCACCACCACCACCACCUCCACCAAAACCCUCUAGCGAUAAUAACAACUCGAAACGAUUGAAAGUGAAAGAUCAACUGAUUGAAGUGCCCAGCGAUGAAGUAGGCCGAGUUGAGAAUAAUAUAGACAAUUUCCCGUUCUAUCAUGGAUUCAUGGGAAGGAACGAGUGUGAGGCGAUGUUGAGCAAUCAUGGAGACUUUUUGAUUCGAAUGACGGAAAUUGGGAAGAGGGUCGCCUAUGUGAUUAGUAUCAAGUGGAAGUAUCAAAAUAUUCAUGUUCUAGUGAAACGGACCAAGACGAAAAAGCUCUACUGGACCAAAAAGUACGCCUUCAAAUCCAUCUGUGAGCUUAUUGCCUAUCACAAGCGAAAUCACAAGCCGAUUUAUGAGGGCAUGACGUUGAUCUGUGGCCUGGCACGACAUGGAUGGCAGCUGAACAACGAGCAGGUCACAUUGAAUAAGAAGUUGGGAGAGGGACAGUUUGGAGAAGUGCACAAAGGAUCGCUGAAGACAUCUGUAUUUGCAGCCCCGGUCACUGUUGCCGUGAAGACCUUGCACCAGAACCAUCUAUCCGCCAAUGAGAAGAUCUUGUUCCUAAGAGAGGCCAAUGUGAUGCUCACCCUGUCUCAUCCAAAUGUGAUAAAAUUCUACGGAGUAUGCACCAUGAAGGAGCCCAUCAUGAUUGUCAUGGAGUUUUGCGACGGGAAAUCCCUGGAGGACGCUCUACUCUCCAAGGAAGAAAAAGUGUCAGCUGAGGACAAGAUUCUCUACCUUUUCCACGCCGCCUGCGGUAUUGAUUAUUUGCACGGAAAGCAGGUUAUUCACAGGGAUAUUGCGGCGAGAAAUUGUUUGUUGAAUUCCAAAAAGAUCCUGAAAAUCUCCGACUUUGGAUUGUCGGUCAAAGGAGUUGCUAUAAAGGAGCGAAAGGGAGGAUGUCUGCCGGUCAAGUACAUGGCUCCGGAGACAUUGAAGAAGGGGUUGUACAGUACUGCCUCUGAUAUUUAUAGCUACGGCGCUCUAAUGUACGAAGUCUACACGGACGGAAAGACGCCAUUCGAAACGUGCGGGCUACGUGGAAAUGAGCUCCGAAAAGCGAUCAUCGGGAAGAGAAUCAGCUUGGCCGUUGAGGUAGAGCUACCAGUGUUCAUUGCCAACAUUUUCGAGCAAAGCAGGCAGUACGAGACCGAAGAUCGCAUAAGCUCCAAGCAAAUUAUUCAGAUUUUUAAGGAGGAAGUCGGAUUCCAUGAAAUUGAGACAAGUGGGAUACUGCAUAAGCUUGUCAAUUCUCUUCCGAGAAUUCACAAUAAGGAAAGAAAACCCGCGGCGGUGGCAGUGUAAUAAAUAUCUGAAAAUCCCCCCACCCCUGAAA